UAAUGUUUGGGGAGAAAGGGGUUAACAAGUGAACCAAACCUUUGGAAAGAGGCUGUUACCCCCCCUUACACAAACAGACCGGCGGCCUGUGCUCGGAUACACCGACAGUAAUGCCUCCUGUUCUCGUCUCUGUGAGUCGGCGUUCAGUACCGUUACGGUGGGGGUGAGACACGGCGGACCGGCGGACCUGCAGCCUGGCUCAUUUCUUUCUGCCUUCACCCUCUUCACCGCUGCGACUUCCACACUGGACAUCCAAGGAUGUACAGGAAGAUAAGGAGCAGCAAAGGUCAGCGAGCCGGAUCGAUGCUCUUAUCGGUGAUAAAGUAGACACGGCCGUCACAGCAACAACAGCGUCCGUCUUGCAUGAACCCUGGCUGCAGGAUUGGGCUCGGCUCCUCGCUCGUCUCCACAGACUCAGGAUGAGGAAACCUAAAGUCACUCGGAUGGUUUUUGCCUUGUGUCUGGGAUGUUUCAUUAUGGUCAUCCUCUACUUUAACAGCAGUCUGAAGCCAGCCUCAGAGCCUGCUGGUGAAAGAAGCAGUGGGCAGAAGUCAAGAAGGAGUCCUCUACAGACGCUUUAUGAUGGUGACCAGGUUGAAUCAGCAGUACAGGCGAUCCAUCAGGGCCGACGGGAGGUGUUAGAAGAAGCCUGCCGCUCCUACACCCGCAAACGCAGAGUCCUCAUCCCAGAGGACCUCAAGCACGUCAUCGUCGAUGACCAGCAUGGCUUGCUAUACUGCUAUGUGCCCAAAGUGGCCUGCACCAACUGGAAGCGGGUGCUCAUGGUUCUGACAGGUGUUGCAGGAUCCCUCAGAGAUCCACUGGCAAUCCCCGCUAAUGAGGCCCACGUCCCUGGAAACCUCCGCACUCUGUCGGAGUACUCAACCUCGCAGAUUAACCAGCGCCUACGCUCCUACCUGAAGUUUGUCUUCGUACGUGAGCCCUUUGAGCGGUUGGUGUCUGCAUACCGCAACAAAUUCACUCGGAGCUACAAUACCGCUUUUCAUAAACGAUACGGCACAAAGAUUGUGCGACGGCACAGGCCAGACCCACAGCCUGAAGCUCUGGAGAGAGGAAACGACGUCUCCUUCGAGGAGUUUGUGUAUUACCUUGUGGACCCAGCAACUCAAAGAGAAGAGCCCUUCAAUGAGCAUUGGGAGCGGGUGCACUCGCUGUGCCACCCCUGCCUCAUCCACUAUGAUGUGGUGGGUAAAUAUGAGACGCUGGAGCAGGACUCCCGCUACGUGCUACAGCUGGCUGGGGUGGAGGACCAGGUCAGCUUCCCCGCCUCAUCCAAGAGCACCAGGACUACAGGAGAUAUGGCGGCCCAGUUCUUCCACAACAUCAGCCCCUUCUACCAGAAGAAGCUGUACAACCUCUAUCGCAUGGACUUCUUGCUCUUCAACUACUCAAUACCAGCUUACCUCAAAUUUAGAUGAUGCUGGGAAAUCACUCAUCCACGGACUCAACUUGAACAUGUGGAGCCUGGACUCUUGUUUCUCUCUGUGUAGGCCUUAAAAUGGACCCUGCAAUUACUGUUGAAAAUGUAUCCCGAGAGCACCAAAGUAAAUUCAUUUUUACAGACUGAAGGACUUCUGUGCACACAGAGGAUACAAAUAGGAGAGGACAUUUAAUCACAAGAUGACCGUUGCUGCCUGAAGAAGGCAAACUAUGUUUUACUGUAAACAGUGAUCCAAUGGAUGUUGGUCACUGCCUUUAAAAGUGUGAAAUACCAUUCAGUUUUUGGUUUAAUUUAAUUUCAGUUGUCAUCUGCUGUUUCAAAACUGUAAUUUGCACGACAAAUAUAAUCUCCAGUAGCUUCACGAAAGUAUUCAAAUCCUAUCCAGACAGUGAAUGUCUCCAAACGUAUGUGCCUCUGAUUGUGGGCCUUAUUUGACCCGAGCAGAUAAUAAUUUUUGUAACUGUGACUAUGUUUAUUUUUUUGUGCUGUAGGAAGAGAUUUUUGUGCAACAAAA